GUUCUCAUAGAUUUUUACAUUUUUUUUUGAUCAAUCAAUGCGGGAUUGAUAACAAAGUUUAUCUAGUCAACUAACUUAUCUAUAAGAUGGGAGCAAAGAGCAGAAAAAUGGUUAACGUUGUAACGAAAAUUGUGCCUGCAAAGAUAAAUAUUUACAAUAUAUUUCAACAAUGUUUGGUGCAGGGCUCAGCAGGAAUAGUAUUUUACUUAAUCGGCUACUACGAAUUUUCACUCUUAUGGAUUCUGGUGCCGAUUGUCGGCUUCACAGUUAGGUCUGCAUUAAAAGACAGAGCAAAACAAAAAUGCAACUUCAUUAGGAAUUUAAACAACUUCGGUGAAAAAGAAGUCAUUGGCUGCAUUUCAGAUUUGCCCCCAUGGGUCUACUUUCCCGACUUCGAAAGUGCAGACUGGUUCAAUCAAAUAAUCAAAAGGAUGUGGCCUUUUGUUAAUCAUUACGCCAAAGAUUAUUUGGUGGACUAUUAUCAAUCUUGGUUGGCUGAAAUUAUGGAUGGUUAUCAGUUAAAGGGUUUCAAGUUUGAAAGAAUUGUUUUGGGGAGCCAACCCAUUUAUAUUGGGGGUAUCAAAGUCCUACCCUACGAUAGGGAAAGGGAUCAAAUCACCCUGGACCUGGAUAUUAAAUAUGCUGGGGACUGCAACAUCACCUUCCAUUUGGCCAAAAUGAAAUUCGGAAUACGCAACUUUCAAUUGUAUGGCUCCUUGAGGGUGGUUUUGAAACCUUUCAUUUCUUCCAUGCCUUUGGUGGGGGGUAUCCAAGCAUAUUUCUUGGAGAAUCCAACUAUAGACUACGACCUAUUUGGGGCUGCACAGGUUGGAGAAAUUCCAGGAAUUAAUGAGAUCAUAAAAAAAACUAUUGUGAACAGUAUAAAUUACACCAUGGUCCUUCCAAACAAGUACACCUACCAAUUGAGCAAUGAAGUGGCUCCGAGUACCUAUCUGGAGAUUCCUGAGGGCUGUUUAAGAGUACAUCUCAUUAAAGCCAAUAAUUUGGAAAGAAAGGACAUAAAAUUAAUUGGCAAAGGCAAGUCUGACCCUUAUGCUGUUCUACGAGUUGGUGCUGAGGAGCACAGGUCGAAAGUGAUAGACAGUGACAUCAACCCCCAGUGGGACGAGUGGUUUGAGUUUAAAAUUCUAGAAAAAGUUGGACAAAAACUGUUGGUCUCCAUUUGGGAUAAAGAUCCAGCUGAAGAUGAAUUUUUAGGAAGCUGCCAUAUUGACAUCAGUGAAGUUAUAAAACUGGGAGACUUGAUACUAACCCCACAACUACAAGAAGUCAAGCACGGAAGUGUCAACCUACAUUUAAAAUGGUACUCCUUAAGUACUAAUCUUGAGGACUUGAACGCAGCUAGCAGUGAGCUACACCAGUUAAACGUGCCAUUGUCCACCUCAUUUCUGACGGUCAUUGUCGAUUCCGCAUCAGGUCUUCCACCCGUUAAAUCGUCAGUAAAUCCAGACCCGUUCAUUGAAGUGCGCCUUGGACACACAAAAUACGUCACCAAAGUGAAGGAAAAGACCACCACUCCUGUUUGGGAGGAGGGUUUCACGUUUUUCCUGGACAACCCCAAUGGGGCUUCGUUGCAGUUAAAAGUAUUCGAUUCUAAGACUGACCACAUGUUGGGAACGUUAACUUAUGCGGUUGUUGACUUAUUGAAGAAGAAGAACUUGGAGCUGACCAGAGAACCAUUCAAGUUGCCCAAUGGAGGCGAAGUUGUUUUGUCGCUUAGUCUUAGGAUAUUUGCUGCCAAAGAGACAGGCAAGGAAAGUGAUGAUGAAACCAACGACACUGAAAGCACAGUUGAAGCUGUAACUGAUGAGCAAAAGCCAAGCAAGCCAAAUCAAUUAAGUAAGCAGGAUUCGUUUAUGAGUAACAGCAGUGACAUUUCAGUAGCUCAAUCUUACGUUCCUGGAGAUGGAAAAAUUCAAAUAACCCUUCGAUACAGUCCACCAAGGCAAAGAUUAAUUAUAGUUGUUCAUAAAGUUGUAGACAUCUUCUAUAAAAAUCCAGAUAAUCUUCCAAACUUGUAUGUGAAGAUGUACUUGUUACCUGAAAGAGAAAAGACUUCAAAGAGAAAAACCAAAAUUAAGAAGAACACUUUGAGCCCAGAGUUUGAUGAGACGUUCGAAUAUUUAGUAGCUCAAAAAGAACUGGACACCAAACAGGUCGAAGUGUCUUUGGUAGAAGACAAAGUUAUGAAAAACCCUGUUUUAGGAAAAAUUUUGAUUGACCUGAAGAACUAUGACUUAUCAUCUUCUGUUACUGAAUGGUUCAAUUUUGGGGACCAGUAAAUUUUAUUGAUAAUUAUCACCGUCAUUUAAUUGUUUUAUUAUUUAUUUACCUAAUAAUUAAGAAAAU